GAAUUCACACCUACUGCGGUUAUCUUGGGCCUCGCAAUAGGAUGCCUCAUAUGCUUUACCAAUUUGAGCUUGGGUUUACAAUCAGGUUGGAUAUCGAUGAUGUCCAUCCAAUCUGCUUUGAUUGGGUUUCUAAUCUCUCGAAUACUACCGACGCCCCUUACACCACAGGAAAUCAUCGUGGUACAGACGACGGCAGUGGCUACUGGGACUAUGCCUCUUGCGGCAGGAUUUGUUGGAAUCUUGCCAGCGUUGGGAAUCCUUAGUGAAGAACGUGAUGGCGUGCCUCCAAUUCACCUCACUUGGCUGGCAACCAUCGGUUGGUCGUGUUCCGUUGCUUUCUUUGGUGUCUUCCUUUCCCCGCCUAUCCGAAAACAAGUGAUUAUUGAGGAACAACUUUCAUUCCCUUCAGGCACAGCUACUGCCCAACUCAUCUCUGUGCUUCACAAAUUACCCCCACCGGAUACCUCCAUCCGUCGAAGGCAAGGAUAUCAUCAAGUGGAUUUGGAGGAUGAGAAUAGACGGGAUGACGUCCCUACAGUUGACCAAGAAGGAGAAGCCGUCGUGGAGCGCGAAAUCGUUGAGCAUGAGGGCUGGCAAGAUCUUGUCUGGAGUUUUGUUGUUUCUGGCUCUUUGACGUUGUCUGCAUAUUUUUUUCCCGUCCUUUUUGCACUCCCCAUGUUCGGGAAUCAUCUAGCAAAGGAAUGGCUUUGGUUUUUUACACCUAGCCUAUCCUAUGUUGGUCAGGGUAUCAUUAUGGGAUUCCCCACAACAUUAAGCAUGAACCUUGGCAUGCUCGUCGGCUGGGCCGUCCUCUCGCCUCUCUCCAAACUUUCUGGUUGGGCUCCAGGCCCUGUAGGCGAUAUGUCAAAUGGCGCUCGCGGAUGGAUCCUCUGGGUUUCACUAGGCAUCAUGUGUGCUGACAGCCUGGUCUCACUCGUCCCUGUCGCCAUAGAGUUCAUCACCAAUAUCAUCUGGUCACGAAAGAAGAGUUAUUCCGCCUUGGGAGAAAGUCCCCACCAGAACCACGAAACAGAAACUGAGGGCAGGCUUGUGCCGAAUAGUUGGGUUGCAACCGGGUUGUUCGUCAGCAUUGUUGUCGGGACUUUUCUUGUAUGGGUUGUGUUCGGCCAUGAAGGGAUCAAACCUUGGGCGACGCUAUGUGGCUUCGUUCUUGGAGGAUUGUUGAGUAUCAUUGGAGUGCGUGCGCUUGGGGAGACCGAUUUAAACCCAGUGUCUGGCCUGGGCAAGGUCUCGCAGUUAUUUUUUGCAUGGAUCCAACCUGGCAAUAUCGUAGCGAACAUUAUUGCUGGAGGCGUAGCAGAGGCCGGCGCACAGCAAGCGGGCGACCUGAUGCAAGAUCUCAAAACUGGACACUUAUGCCAUGCUUCACCGCGAGCCCAGUUUUACGGCCAGCUAAUUGGUUCUUCAAUCUCCAUUGUGGUCACGACGACCGCCUUUACGCUGUAUAAUCGGGCAUAUGUCAUUCCCGGGCCCUCGUUCCCAGCUCCGACGGCCUAUGUCUGGCUGAGCCUUGCACGGCUUCUUCGUGAUGGACAACUUCCCGAGAAGAGCGCUAUGUUCAUGAUCAUUUUCUCUAUCGCCUUUGGACUCCUUUCAGCCAUCAAGACGUAUUCUGGGAGAAAACAAUCCUGGUUCUCUAAGUGGAUUCCAUCAGGCAUCGCAUUUGCGAUAGGAUUUCUCAACACACCCUCCUUUUCGAUUGCGCGUCUAAUUGGAGGUGUAACGGAGUACCUUUACCACAAGAAGUACGCGGGAGCUGAUGGACAUGACAUCCGACUUGUGGUCAUCGCCAGUGGAUUCGUUUUGGGCGAAGGAGUUGUCAGUAUUGUUUCAUUAAUUUUACGGACGUUUGGGGUUGGGGUCAUUAGUUGUUUUGGAUGUGGACACGGACUUUGUGGAGGCUGUCCUGUUACUCCAUGA